AUGGCUUACGGUGUGCCGUAUAAGCGGUAUUUUACCACACAGGGCGAGCCUUUUACUAGCAUACUCAGGAAGGGCGCAGGCUGUGUUUUCAGUCUGGCGAGAUCAGAUAAAUGGGUAGGCCGUCGCCUCCCUAACUUGAAUCAAUGGGAGCAGCAAGCGCAACAGCAGCAACGUGUGUCCGACAGCCUGCAAUGGCUUGGGCCGGAUAGUCUCAUCAAUGCCCCGGCGCCGUCCAGCGAUAACAGCAGUGACUUUGGGCUCUUUGGCGACGUUUCCCCCUUCUUGGAUAUUCUCCCUCCUCCUUGCGACUUCGACACCCAGGCACUUUUCCAGGGCCUUGAUGAUGCGACGUGGGACUUUGGCAACACCGUUCAGACAAAUUUGGGAGAUGGACUGUUUGAUAACAUCAUGAUUCCUGAUAUGAACGUUACUCUGGAUGCACAGCAGGCGCUCGACAUGGCAGAUGGCUUCCUCGCUCAGGAGCAGCCUCUCACCGUCAACUCUUCACCCCUCGAGCAGCCAUCUACAUCCAGCACACCUCACCCCACCAACAAAACCUCCUCAUCAAUCCCCGGAACAUCCACCUUCUCUCUACACCCCUCACCAUCUUCAUCCUCAGGCUCCUCCCACAAGCGCAAGUCCUCGCCCGAAGACCAGGACUCCAACGUGGCCCUCAAGCGCCAGCGCAACACGCUCGCGGCUCGCAAAUACCGUCAGAAGCGUCUCGACCGCAUCAGCGAGCUCGAAGAGGCCCUGGCUACCAUGAAAGAUGAACGGGAUGACAUGAGACUUCAGCUCGCCAGGAGAGAGGCUGAGGUGGAUGCCCUGAGAGAGAUGCUCGCAAAGAAAUGA